AUGGCAGGGCUUUGGCCUGGCCAUCUUCCUCUUCGAGUGGCUCUCUCCGUCCGGAUACAACAUGCAGUUAUCCGCUCCGACCAAUCAGCGUUUCUCGCUUUUCCGGACCUACUGGCUCGUCUGGGCCAUUCUUUUCCAGGCAUCUGUCAACAUCGACUGUCCAAAGGGGUUCACAUCGAGGUUGAAAACAGACCUGGUGACUCAGACUCAGACCUGAAAGCUGAUUUGCAUGCGCCCCAUGUACACUAUAUACAGUGUGCUUCAGACUUUGCAAAUAUUGGAUUAUUUUGGGCGCAGAUUCAUUUCCAACGUCUGGGCCACAUUCGCCGUCGUGUUUCUGGCCAUUUACACUGCCAAUCUGGUGGCCUUUAUGAUCACUCGCGAAGAGUUCUACGACCUGAGUGGCGUCGAAGACCCGCGGCUGAUGAGCCCCAAGAGUCACGAGCCGCCGUUCCGCUUUGGCACCGUGUCCAUUGUCCAACACUCACACGGAGGCGAACAUUCUCCGGCACUACAAGGAGAUGCACUACCACAUGCGCAACUACAAUCUCAACGAAAUCAAAGCCGGAAUCUAAGCUGUCAAACGAGGGUAAAUAUACUGGAAGUGGAAAUGGGAAUGAUAAGCAUCGGGCGAUCGCCGAGGAAAGAAACGCAAUGGAAUGUCCAGCGACGAUGCGCCAACCAUUGGACGAAAUUCCUGAAAUGGAAACAGUCCUGUAGGGUGAUGGUCUGCGCAUCGAUCCGUUAUUAGGAGCGAACUUCGACUGUUGAUCUUACACUUAUUCAGUCAACAAGUUUUCCAGGAAAUUGAUUUUAUGGAAAUCAUCUAAAUCCAAUUGCAAAACCUGGCAACGGCCUCCACGCCAAAGGAAAUUUAUUUUCACAAGUGGACGCAACGUAUAACGCAUAAUCAGCAAUCCUGUAGGUCCGUGCUGUUUUUCCGCUGCGAGGGUCAUUAAAACGUGAUGUAACGAUGAUUGAUUGAAACUGAUAAUAAUCAAGAAAAAUAUUGAUGGUGAUGGCGGUGCCGAUAAACGAUGAGGAUAUCGUUUGGAAAUCAUAAUUAUAUCUAGUAAAAAAUGUAAAUGAUCUGUUCAAUACAAAGUUGAUGAGAUGAUUGUUGCUGCGAUUUGAGAGCUGUUAUAUAUAAAAUGGUCAAGCUUAAAAUUGUGACGCAUGAGACUAGACGAACAACUCGGUUGUGACGGUCGAAUCUUAAAAUUCUGCUGUCUGCACACUAAUCAGCAUAUGACAGCUCGGAAGCAGGUUGGCUCUGGAUUUGUCUCCUUGAGAUUAAUACG